CUCUUGUCACUUAUCAGCAUAUAUGAUUUUGUUCAGAGUUUUCUCGGGGUCAGAGGGGAAAAAGAUAUACACCUUUUCUUUGUUUUGCAGCUCAUCCUAAGCACUUUUUCUUUUUUAAUUUUUUUUUAAUUUUUUAUAAUAUACUGAGAGCCCUGCUACCUGUGGUUACAAAUCUUUCCUUCAUCAGCUGUUAAAGAUUUAGCAAAGUUGAAGGUGUAGCUGUUUUAGAAUGGAAAUCCUGGAUUUAGCAAAGCAUGAAGAAUCCAUUCCCACACUCCUCAAAUACAUAUCAACGAAAGAAGUGGUAGGCUUUGAUUGCAACAGUAGCUUGAAUUCUCAGAAACAACCAAGUGGUUCUCAUCCUUUCAGUUCAUCACCUAUUGGAACUGGCACGAUAACUUUGGAGAACAGCCCUGUCAAAUUUCAACCCAUCAACCAUCAAACCCAUCAUUCUAUUUCCAUUAGCAUGCCAACUUCUCCAAGGGAAAACAACCCAGAAAUCAAUGAAAUGGAUAAUGGCGCAACAAGUUUCAGCAACGGAAUUUCGGUUUCUUCUACUGAUUCUAAGGCUGCCAGCUUCCAGACAAAGCAAAUAAAAUUCCAUUCUCAGCCAAUGCCCAAGGGAAGUGCAGUUGAGCUGGGAGUCAAUAUCACAAACUCUCAUAACCAUCAAAAACUGAAGGAUAAAAGCUAUGAUUCUUUCAAAACAUGGUCUGGGAAACUUGAGAGGCAGAUAUCACAUUUACGUGGGAAGCCACGUGAACUUUUUCCAGAGAAUUCUGUGGAGCAUAGAGCAGAGAUGAAUGCUUUACCUGUGGAUCGAUACUACGAUGCAUUAGAAGGGCCGGAGUUGGAGAACCUUAGAGCCUCAGAGGAAAUAGUGCUACCAGAUGACAAGUUAUGGCCAUUUCUUCUCCGAUAUCCUAUCUCUUCAUUUGGUAUCUGUCUUGGCAUUAGCAGCCAGGCAAUCAUGUGGAAAACCCUGGCCACCUCUGCUUCCACAAAAUUUCUCCAUAUUAGCCCAAAUGUAAAUCUUGUCCUAUGGUGCAUCUCUCUUGCUCUUGUAGCCACUGUUGCUUCCAUCUAUCUUCUCAAAGUGAUUCUCUACUUUGAAGCAGUUCGACGAGAAUACUACCACCCAAUCCGUGUCAAUUUCUUCUUUGCUCCAUGGAUAGCCCUCCUGUUCUUAGCACAUGGAGUGCCUCUAUCAGUUUCUAGCAACCUGCAUAGUGUCCUUUGGUACAUUCUCAUGAGCCCAAUCCUCUGUCUUGAGCUUAAGAUCUAUGGACAGUGGAUGUCUGGAGGACAAAGGAGGCUUUCGAGAGUGGCGAAUCCUUUAAAUCAUCUCUCAAUUGUAGGGAACUUUGUUGGGGCAUUGUCGGGUGCAUCAAUGGGGCUAAAAGAAGGGCCUAUUUUCUUCUUUGCUGUUGGGUUGGCUCACUACACAGUCCUAUUUGUAACCCUCUACCAGAGACUUCCAACAAAUGAAACGCUGCCAAAGGAGCUCCAUCCAGUAUUCUUUCUGUUUGUUGCAGCACCAAGCGUUGCUUCCAUGGCAUGGGCAAAGAUUCAAGGCUCCUUUGAUUACGGCUCUAGGAUUGCUUACUUCAUUGCCCUGUUUCUUUAUUUCUCACUAGCAGUUCGUAUAAAUUUUUUCCGAGGAUUCAAGUUCUCAUUGGCUUGGUGGGCUUACACUUUCCCCAUGACUGGAGCUGCCAUUGCAACCAUUAGGUACUCAAAUGAAGUCACCAACAUAUUAACUCAAUCUCUAGCUGUCACACUCUCUAUCAUCUCCACUUUCUUUGUCACAGCUCUGCUUGUAACCACAAUAGUACACGCGUUUGUGCUCCGAGACCUCUUCCCUAAUGACAUUGCCAUUGCCAUUAGCGAGAGGAGACCAAAACAUCAUCACCACAAGAAGUGGUUCCAUCGAAGACUUGGAAGCUUAGAAAAUAAAGAGACUGAAAAUUACUUGAAGUAUGCAACUUCAGAUUGCAAAGACAUAGAAGCUUCUACAAACCUUCCUAGUAAUAUAGUAAAUAAGUAAUGAAUGCCUAUGAACAAGUCCUUGUCAUUUUCUGAAUCUACGACCUAUCGCCAUAGCCAUGCGAGGAACUCGAGAAAUUCACUAGGAAAGUUCCAGUGAGCAUGUGUUGACGAGGAAUUGAAGGUUUACGCGGUGAGUUUGUGUACUGUAUGUUCUCUGAGAUCUUUGAGCAAUAAAUAAGCAAUUUUAAGCCGAAA